CAAGACCUGGGAGCUCAGCCUUUACGAACUCCACCGUACCCCCCAGGAGGCCGUCAUGGACGGGACGGAGAUCGCGGUGUCGCCCCGCAGCCUCCACAGCGAGCUGAUGUGCCCCAUCUGCCUGGACAUGCUGAAGCACACCAUGACCACCAAGGAGUGCCUGCACCGCUUCUGCUCCGACUGCAUCGUCACCGCCCUGCGCAGCGGGAACAAGGAGUGCCCCACCUGCCGGAAGAAGCUGGUGUCCAAGCGCUCCCUCCGCCCCGACCCCAACUUCGACGCCCUCAUCUCCAAGAUCUACCCCAGCCGCGACGAGUACGAGGCUCACCAGGACCGCGUCCUGGCCAAACUCAACCGGCUGCACAACCAGCAGGCCCUGCGCAGCAGCAUGGAGGAGGGGCUCAAGAUGCAGGCCAUGAACCGGGGGCAGCGUGUCCGGAAGCACCCGCAGGAGUCGGACAACAACACCUUCAGCGGGGCGGAGGACAACUGUGACAGCCGGUCGCACCUCAGCAACGCCUCAGCGCCCAGCCAGCCGGAGGCCGGGCCCAGCUGCAAGCGCUCGCGGGCCUCCGACGAGUCGUGCGCCGAGCCCGAGACCUCCCACGAGGGCGGGCGGGGCAGCCCCGAACCCGGGGCCGAGUCCAGCAGCAGCGAGAUCGAGCUGGUUUUCCGGCCUCACCCCAUCCUGGUGGAGAAGGGGGGCUACUCCCAGACCAG